AUGGGGGCCCUCCGCGUGUCCGUGGUGGCGUGCCUGCUCCUCGCAUCCACCCUGACCUCCGCUUUGAACAUUCCCACCAGCCCCAAGUACCCCCCGGUGGUCCCGAGACAGAGCCCCUUCGUCAAGCCCAUUGUUGGCGCGGGCCUGCAGUCUGAGCGGCCCUACAAUGUAGCCCACAGAGGUGCGUGCAACAUCUACCCUGAGGAGACGGAGCCUUCCUAUCUGGCCGCCAUUGAUCUUGGAGCGGAUUUCAUCGAGGGCGAUGUGGAGGCCACCAAGGACGGAGUGCUCGUCAUGUGCCACGACAUUGAGCUCUCCCUCCUCACUGAUGUUGCUAACAGGACCGAGUUUGCCAGCAAGAGGAAGACGUAUAACAACAUUGUUGGUGGCGAUGGCGUCAACACUGGCUGGUUCAUUGUGGACUUCACAUUUGAGGAGCUGUCAACGCUGCGCGUGAAGCAGCGCUUCCCUACCACCAGGGACAAGUCCUUCGAUGGCCAGUUCCCCAUCAUCACCUUUGAGAAGUACAUCCAGAUUGCCCUGGCCGCUCCCAGAAUUGUGGGCAUCUACCCAGAGAUCAAGAGCCCCGUUUUCAUCAACCAGUACGUGCAGUUCCCCGGCGGCAAGAGCUUCGAGCAGGCGGUGGUGGAGAUGCUGCAGAAGUACGGCUACCAGGGCAAGUACAAAAGCGCGGACUGGUACGCCAAGCCCGUGUUCAUCCAGGCCUUCGCGCCCACCUCCCUCCAGCGGGCCGCCCAGUACACCGACCUGCCGCUCGUCUUCCUCUACGACUCUUUCACCGCCAGGACCCAGGACACCAACCAGACGUUUGCUUCGCUGGCGACCGACGAGAGCAUGGCCAUGUUUGCGUCGAUGGGCGUGGUGGGGCUGGGCCCCGCCAAGGGCAGCCUCAUGCCCGUCAACACCACCACCAACUACUACGUCGGGGCGCCCAUCGACUUCGUCACGCGCGCCCACAAGUACAACAUGGAGGUGCACCCGUACACGUUCCGCGCGGACUCCAACUUCUUGGCGUACGACCUGCACGGCGACUUCCUCAACGAGCUGCUCUACUUCGACAAGGUCAUCGGCGUGGACGGCUACUUCACCGACCACACCGAGAACGCCUACAAGUACCUGGAGUGGACGCAUCCUAUCUACACCCGGCAGGACAUCGUGUCCAACCUCAGGUUCCCGUAA